AUGACUGUCUAUUCCACCUCCAACAAGUCCAUCGAGGACAUUGAUCCUCUCAAGCAAGCCGGCCAACUUCCCCUUUACAACGUCCAGCCCGUUAACGCAGAAUACUACCACACUCAACCCCAAGUUCAAGAUGAUGUACCUACCAAAAAACCAACUGCGGGUGAGCGUUUCCACAAGAUCAGCUCCAAGGCUGGAUCGCCGCUCAACAAAGCUGCAAACUUGAUUGGAGCUGAAGGAUGGUGGCCUACGACUAUGGACAAGGAGUGCAGCAAGGCUGCUCGCAUCCUUCACUCCUUUACCAACCUUAGCUCCUCUACGUCUCUCAAGAGCAAAGGGCCUCUCCAUCCAACUGGCCUUACUCGCAAGUCCAUGGUCAAGAUCCCUCCUUCUGUUCUUCAUAGCGCGGCCGGUCUCGCUAUCUUCAACGUCAUCCGUGCCGGAACUGGCCAUGGAUCUCUCUCCGGUGGCUCUGGUGUCGUUAUCGCCCGCCGCUCAGACGGAACAUGGUCUCCUCCCUCUUCGUUUAUCGUAAGCACACUCGGUGCAGGUUUCGUUUUUGGUCUCGACGUGUACGAUUGUGUCUGCGUCCUCAACACCCCUGAACAAGUCGCUGCCUUCACCAAGCCUCGCCUCUCUUUCGGCGCAGAAGGCUCUGUUGCUGUUGGUCCUGUUGGAACAGGCGGCAGCGUUGAAGCUGCCUUCAGCAAGACCGCGCGCCCAGUGUGGAGUUACAUGAAGAGCCGUGGUUUGUGGAUAGGUCUUCAGAUCGACGGCACUAUUGCUGUUGCUCGAAGAGAUGCUAAUGCUACGUUUUAUCAAGAGCGCGGCAUCACAGCGGAGAGAAUUCUACUCGGUGAUGUUGCUUGGCCCAUGGGUGCUAAGCCUCUCUUUGAGGUGCUUCAAGCACUCGAAGGGCGAACUGCCUACGACCGCAGUGUCGUGGAUGCAGUCGGUGAAGCCCCUACACCUGGUGAUUCUAUUCUGUCUGACAAAGAGAGGUAUACUGAUGAGCCUGAAGAGUCUGAAAUUGUUGAAUCUGAAAAGCAUGCCGAGUCCACCGAUAUAUCUCGGGAGCCUCCAAUGCUGAUGGUCACCUCUCCUACCACUAUUGAUGCUAGAGAGGAGCUUCCUGGUUAUGAGGUCGUGGAUAAGAAUGAUGAGCAGGAGAAGAUUGUUGACGAGAAGGCCAAGCUCGCUGCAUCUGGAUACUAA